AUGCCAGAAGAAGAAAAAACUUCUUCGGGAGGAUGGUGGUCAUGGAUAGGACUGGGCGGAAGUUCGGCCACUCAUUUAACAAAUGAUCGGCCACAAGAUAUUCAGACAAUCCAUAAAAGUGCGACAACCGAAAAAUCGGAGCCUAGUACGUCAGCUGAAAUUAUUCGACCAGGGCCGGUUAAUCAGGUCAAAAAUUCUGAUGAAACCGGAUGGGAUCGCGUUAAAGCGUUAUACAAUAAAGGAACAAUGGAAACAGAUAUUGUUGAACGGGUGGUACGUAUGUCUUUUCUCGGUGGAUUCAUUGUUGGAGGUGCGACUGGUUAUGCACAAGCAAAACAUGCAUACGACGUGAAUAAUGUGGGAAGAAAAUAUUUGAGUCCACGAGACGCUGUGAAACGUAACAUUGAUUAUGCCAUUGUACGAUUUGCCAAAGGAGGCUUCGGCGUUGGUUUUAAAUGUGCACUAAUCUCGGGUUCAAUUGUUUUGUUAACCACUCAUUUGGCCGCUUAUCGUGAUCGGUUCUCUUCUUGGUAUUUCCCCGCAAUUUCAGCCCUAGUUGGUGGUGUUUUCACGUUUCCUGUCGGAUUGCUUGGAUCAGUGAAGGCUGUUGGACUAGGUGUCAGUUCGGGAUUGACGCUUUCUGCCGUAGUGCAUUUGUACGCCAUGAGCAUUGAUAAACCGGUCGCAGAGGCGUAUCGAACAUUCAAAAGAGAUUACGAAAAGGAAUUGAAAACCGCUCUUGAAUGGGAUUUACGCGUCGAACAGCUAAUGAAGGACGAAAAUAUCACUUGGAGGCAAACUGCGGUGAAACGCUUAAAACAACUAGACCAGCAAAAAUUAGCCGCCAACGAUGAUUGA